AAUUGGUCCGUGAGUCUUAUAGCAGCCUCUUUAACUGGUGCUUUUGGGUCAUCUUUUCUUUAUGGUUACAACCUUUCGGUGGUGAAUGCUCCUGCAGCGUAUAUCAAGAAGUUUUACAAUGAAACUUGGGAAAGAAGAUAUGGCUUCUCAGUGGAUGAAGGCACACUGACCCUCCUCUGGUCCAUAACUGUUUCUAUUUUUGCCAUUGGUGGCCUUGUGGGUGCCAUCAUUGUUACCCCAAUUGUGAAGUUCUUAGGACGGAAAUGUACAUUACUGCUCAAUAAUGUGUUUGCAGUGGCAGCUGCAUUGUUGAUGUCCCUCUCCUUGUGGGCAGGGUCCUUUGAAAUGCUUAUACUGGGCCGUGUUGUCAUGGGUGUUGAUGCAGGCAUUUCCUUAAGUGCCCUUCCCAUGUAUUUGAGUGAAAUAUCUCCUAAGGAAAUCCGUGGUUCAUUGGGUCAGGUCACAGCAAUUUUCAUCUGUAUUGGUGUUUUCACUGGUCAAGUCCUGGGCCUGCCAGAAAUAUUUGGGCAAGAGUCUCGGUGGCCUUUCUUAUUUGGAGCAAUCAUUGUUCCUGCAUUGGUACAAGUCAUCAUUCUGCCUUUUCUUCCUGAAAGUCCUCGUUACCUCCUACUGGAAAAGCAUAAUACAAGCAAGGCAGAAAAAGCCUUUCAGAGAUUCCUUGGGAAAGAUGAUGUGUCUAAUGAAAUAGAAGAAGUUUUGGCAGAGUCUCGAGUCCAGAGAAACACCAAGUUAGUGUCGAUACUUCAGCUCCUGAGGAACCGCGGUGUGCGAUGGCAGGUCAUUACUGUGGUCAUCACCAUGGGCUGCUACCAGCUCUGUGGGCUGAAUGCUAUCUGGUACUACACAAACAACAUCUUUAGUGAAUCUGGGAUCAAACAGGAAACAAUCCCCUAUGUUACACUAAGUACUGGUGCUGUUGAGACUCUGGCUGCUGUUUUUUCUGGCUUAGUUAUUGAACGGCUUGGGCGUAGACCUCUUCUCAUUGGAGGCUUUGGGUUAAUGGUUGUCUUCUUUGGAGUACUUACUGUCUCCCUGACUUUACAGGACACUGUGCAUUGGCUUCCUUACCUCAGUAUAUUUUGCAUCCUUGCAAUCAUUGCAUCGUUCUGCAUUGGACCAGGUGGCAUUCCGUUUGUCCUCACUGGAGAGUUCUUCCAGCAGUCACAGAGACCAGCUGCAUUCAUGAUAGCUGGAACAGUCAAUUGGCUCUCCAACUUCGCCGUGGGACUGCUCUUCCCUUUCAUUCAGGCUGGUUUACAGACCUACUGCUUCCUAGUGUUUGCUGCCAUCUGCUUUGCAGGAGCGACCUACCUGUUUUUUGUCCUGCCUGAAACGAAAAAUAAGACAUUUCAGGAGAUCAGCCAGGCAUUUGCCAAAAGGAAUAAAGUCACUGUAGAAAUGCAAGAAAUGAACCACUACCCAGGGGAGAGGAAGUCGAGUGCAGAACAAGAAUCAGACUUCACAUCUUCGGUGGACAAUGGGGAAACCAAAAAAGGCAUUGUGUAA